AUAAAUCCCAUUACCCUUAUUAUUAUUUACUCUACAAUCUUUCUAGGUCCUGUAAUCACUAUAUCCAGCACUAACCUCUUACUAAUAUGGGUGGGCCUAGAAUUUAGCCUACUGUCAAUUAUUCCCCUACUAAUUAACAAAAAGAACCCACGAUCAACCGAAGCAGCAACAAAAUACUUCGUGACACAGGCAACAGCCUCAAUAAUUAUUCUUCUAGCCAUUGUACUUAACUAUAAGCAAUUAGGAACAUGAAUAUUUCAACAACAAACAAGUAGCUUAAUCCUCAACAUAUCACUAAUAGCUCUAUCAAUAAAACUUGGCCUUGCUCCUUUCCACUUCUGAUUACCAGAAGUAACUCAAGGAAUUCCCCUUCACACAGGAUUAAUCCUCCUCACAUGACAAAAAAUUGCACCUCUAUCUAUCUUAAUCCAAAUUUUCCACUUACUAGAUUCUACCAUUAUUUUAUUAAUAGCAAUUUCAUCCAUCUUUUUAGGAGCAUGAGGAGGUCUUAACCAGACACAAACACGAAAAAUUAUAGCCUACUCAUCAAUCGCCCACAUAGGAUGAAUAUUGGCAAUUUUACCAUACAACCCAUCACUUACCCUACUUAAUCUUGCAAUUUAUAUUCUACUUACAAUUCCUAUAUUUAUAGCUCUAAUACUCAACAACUCUAUGAACAUUAAUUCAAUUUCACUUUUAUGAAAUAAAACCCCAGCAGUACUCACAAUAAUUUCCCUUAUUUUACUAUCUUUAGGAGGCCUUCCACCCUUAACAGGAUUUCUACCAAAAUGAAUUAUCAUCACAGAACUGAUAAAAAAUAACUGCUUAAUUUUAGCAACACUAAUAGCAAUAAUAGCACUUCUCAACUUAUUUUUCUAUACACGCCUAAUUUACUCCACCUCCCUAACAAUAUUUCCAACAAAUAAUAACUCAAAAAUAAUAAGCUUUCAACCAAAAUUCAAGUCAUAUCUAACACUAUCUAUUAUAACUAUUUUAAGUACAAUAACUCUACCCCUCUCCCCCCAACUCAUCAUAU